GAAGAGGGAAAAGGCGAUGUUGUUUCAACGCGGAAACUCUGUGCUGAAUGCAGGCAUUUUAGCUUAUGAGGGAACUGACAUCAUUAAAACUGACAUCAACGCGGGCUGUUAAUUUAUCGACAACCCCGAUCUGAUUAAAGAUACAAGGAGAAGAAGAAAAAAAACAGACGUGACGCGCUUCUACAGCACCGGGCAUCUCUCUCAGGUUUUAAGAAAAUCAAUAAAAAAAAUUUUUAAAAAAUCCAAGCUAAAUAACUAUCAAUAAAUAAAUUCGACCAAUCACAAUGGCUCUGGAGAUUUUGACCUUCAAGUCCAUACCUGAAGCCACGCCCAUACCCCCUCCUGGGGAGGUGGAGGAGGCGGGGUUUGUGCCUGGAGCGGACAGCCCGGUGGGUGUGGCUACAGAGCCGGUGGGCGUGGCCGGGGAUCCUGGGGACGUGUUCUUCACGGACAGCCCCCACAAACCGUCCAAUAACAGCCGGUCUUUUCAGUCCAAGCUGGCUGCCAGAGAGUUGGAGGCGGCGGCCAGACCGAGCAGAGAGAAGGUGGGGGCGGGGCAAGGAGUGGAGAGGCGUCGCUGCGGGCUGGGCCGCAGCAAGAAGCGCAGGCAGCGCUACGUGGAGAAGAACGGCCGCUGUAACGUGCAGCACGGCAACGUGGGCGAGACGUACCGCUACCUGACCGACAUCUUCACCACCCUGGUGGACCUCAAAUGGCGCAGCUCCCUCUUUGUCUUCGUCAUGGCCUACGCUGUCACCUGGCUCUUCUUUGGCGCCAUCUGGUGGCUGAUCGCGUACUGCAGGGGUGAUCUGGAUCAUUUAGAGGACCAGACCUGGACCCCCUGUGUGAACAACGUGAACGGCUUCGUCUCGGCGUUCCUGUUCUCCAUCGAGACGGAGACCACCAUCGGCUACGGCUAUCGGGUUAUCACUGACCAGUGUCCGGAGGGGACCGUCCUGCUGCUGCUGCAAGCCAUCCUGGGCUCUAUGGUCAACGCUUUCAUGGUCGGGUGCAUGUUUGUGAAGAUUUCUCAGCCCAAUAAGCGGGCAGAGACGCUUGUCUUCUCCAAGCACGCGGUCAUCUCCCUGAGGGAUGACAAGCUGUGCCUGAUGUUCAGAGUGGGGGACCUGCGCAGCUCCCACAUCGUCGGGGCCAACAUCCGAGCCAAGCUCAUCAAGUCCAAACAGACGCAGGAAGGAGAGUUCAUUCCUCUUGACCAGACAGAUAUGAGUGUGGGGUUCGAGACUGGGGAUGACCGCCUCUUUCUGGUCUCCCCUCUGGUCAUCUCCCACGAGAUCGACUCGCGAUCGCCCUUCUGGGACGUCUCCCAGGCUCAGCUGGAGAAGGACGACUUCGAGAUCGUGGUGAUACUGGAGGGAAUGGUGGAGGCCACUGGCAUGACUUGCCAAGCUCGGAGCUCCUAUCUCGUUGAAGAGGUCAUGUGGGGUCACCGCUUCAGUCCCAUGAUGUCAUUGGCCGAGGGAUUCUUCGACGUCGACUACGGGGCGUUCCACCACUCCUUCGAGGUGGCCACGCCUACCUGCUCCGCCCGCGAGCUCUCAUUGGCCGCCGCCCGCCACGAAGCCCACCUCUAUUGGUCCAUCUCCAGCCAGCUGGAUGAGCAGAAGCCCUGCCAGGAGCUAGCGGGCCAGAAUCUGAUUGGCAACUCCACUGUGAACAGCUCAGCCAAUGGGAAGAAGGAGGUGGGGCUGGGGGUUGGGGGUGGGGCUACUGAUAAGGAGGAGCCAGCGGGAGGAGGAGGGGAGAGGAAUGGAAGUGUGGCGACGGACCAAUCAGAAGCUUAGAAGGAGGGAAGGGGGGAGUAAAGAGAGAGAGAGUGGGCUGAUGGGAAGAGGAGUAGGUGGUUUGAGAAAGAAAGGUUUUGAAGUGGCGAGGAAACUACCGCCAUUGCGGCUCAAUGUGUGGGCAGGCGGUCUAGCAGAAGAUAGGGAACCCUGGAUCCAAAAUGGCGGAUCUUGUGACGCAGUUUCAUUAGUGUAGGUCGAUGUAGAGAGAGAGAGAGAGAGAGAGAGAGAGAGAGAGAGAGAGAGGUUAUUUAGACAGACAGAAAAAGCAACUCAUUUAUAUUCUGAAGUCAGUUGCCCAAUGCACUUUCAUAGCGCUAAUGAAACUCAAACUAUUUCAAAGGAGGAGCAUAUACAGGAAAUAUUAGCAAAAAUAAAACAGUAAUACAUAAAACAAUGGGACGAUGUGUGAAUCUCUCUCCCUCUCCCUCUCUAUCUCCCUCUCUCUCUCUCUCUGUCUUAACCCCAAAUCAAUGAAUAUAAACAGCGCCCCUUAUUGCAAACCCCACGCAAUCGGGCUGGGACAAAAUAAAAAACCCAGCCAAAUCCAGUAUUACAAACAGGCGAGCACAGACCGGACUGAGAUCGUGCGGUUACAGUGUUACAGUUUAGUUCAUGUUUUAAAAAAAAAAAAAAAAAACACAAAAUAUACUCGAAUACUCUGUUGAGAUAGUUGUGUUUUUUUUUUU